GAGGUUUGUUUUGAUUUUGGAUAAAUAGAAUUGUGAAGCAAGUUUUUUAUAUUGAGGAAUAAAAUGGUGAGCCAUAAGAAGAAACUGCGAUCUGAAAAAGCUAAGGUCAAACUAAAAGCAACUAAAUUGCCUAAAGGCCUUAAUGUUACCAAAACCGAGUUUAAGGUCCGGAAAAUUACCAUCCGUGAGCAAUUGAAGGAAUCGCAAUUCGAUGAUGGAGAGCGUCAACUAAAUUUAAAAGAAACUAUUUCGCGUUUGAAACACCACAGUUCAAAUGUUCGGAAUGAUGCCCUGCGAAAUCUACGAGAAGCCGUCAUAGCAAGGCGUGUAAAUCUCACAGGUUAUAUGAAUAGCCUUGUUCAAAACGUAUCUGCUAUAUCACUCGAUGUAGAUAAGGAUACGAGAAGGGACUCAUUUAAAACUUUGAAAUGUCUCUUAUCAACUUUGACUACGGAAGAAAUUGUGCCCUUCUUUCAUAUAAUUUCCUCUUAUUUACGAUGUGCCAUGACGCAUAUCCAGCAAGCAAUACAAGAAGACUCUCUACUUAUGCUUGAUCUGCUAUUGGAACAUGUGCCGCAAUUGGUAGUAACUCAUAGUGUAAAAAUCAUUCGCAAUUUCCUUGAGAUGAUUUCUCGAGUACGCAAAGAAGGCGAUCACACUAGUAGAACGCUAACUGUACGUUUAGGUCAGAAGCAAACAACAAUAAAGUGGCGGACCAAAGUAUUGGAACGUUUGCGACAAAUGCUCGCUACGUUAGCAAAAAACAAACUGAACACUAACGAUGGGAAAACUAUAAAAAGUUUUACAAAAAUAGUCACAUUUAAUCCAAAUGCUCCACAACAUUACUCCUUGAAGCGACCGUAUCUCAAUUCCGCACAUGAAAUCGACUUAUUACCACUUCUGAGACCAUCGUUGAGUAGCAACAGUACUGAUCCAACCGGAGUCACUGAAGAGGAAAGGCUGCGAGAAUAUAUCAAUCAUUUAUUGCCUUUGCUUGUCGAUUCGUGGAUUGAAGUACGGCCACAGGAUCUAAGGGCUGGCGUAACAAUAACCAAUGAAGCAGCGCAAACAUUGAAAGUUGUAUUAGAAAUAUUGCAGGAUCUUUGGCAGCUAAUUGAGUUGCAUGAGCAGGAAGAAAAUACUUAUCUACUGAGUGCUUGGUUCCAAGAUGAGUAUGCCGCAAUUUUUGAUAGCAGCUUUUUAACUGAAGGAUUUCCGUACCAACAGAACGAAACAAAUGCAGAAGUGAGGAAAAAAACCUACAAGAAGCAUUUAAAAAUUCUUAGCUCAAGCGGCGGUCAGUUAUGUUUAGAGCAAAAUAUAUGUAUAGCAUAUCUGAUGUGUCAGUUUUACAAAUCACACAGAUCGCUACAGAGCCCGACUGAAAAAUUUGCCACAUUGUUGAAAUAUCUGGAGGAAGUGGUUUCAAAUCUGAAGACGCACCCUUUACAAGAUUACCAUGUGCUAAUAAUGGCCCUGCGUAUUUGCUUACUGGAAAACGAUAUAUAUUUUAUUAAGUUGCAUAUUAAUUUAACACAAUCGCUGUUAAAUAGUACCGUGGAGACAUUUCUACAGAAUACCUUUCCUGCCAAAUCCAACUCAGAAACAGAAGUGCUCACUCUGAUUUGUGAUAUCGUACAAUCACCGCAUUUAAGGCAGAGUUACGGAGAGGAGGCGUUUGACCGCUUCUUGAAAUAUCUGCCACAGCUUUUGCUCAGACAAAAUAUUCAAUUGUCCACGCUAAUUGCUAUGUCAGUUUUAGCCAAACAAAAAAACAAAAUUGUCUUGUGCGAACUUGAGAAUAAAAUCGAACUAAUUAUAGAAAAUCUACAAAAAAUUCAAGUUUAUGGAGCUGAAAAUGCAUUUGAGGGAAAGAAGCAUAUAAUAAACUUAUUCUACUGGACCGAAAAGAAGUUUACACCGGAAUAUAAAUAUCAGUUGCAUGAAAAUAUUGAUAAACACAUUACUGACAAGCGGAUUGUAAACUAUUGCAAAUAUAUACUAUCCUGAUUAAGAAUACAAAUUAAUACAUUGGUAUAUGUGUGGGUUACUAUUUUGUUAUGGAGUGCUUAGAAAGCAAACAUAUAUAUCUAAGAAAUCAUUUGAAGCACACGCAUGUUGCCUCAAAGUCUUGCAAAAAAAAAGAUCGGAUCGUAUUUCAAACCCAUUGUACAAAUGCUUGGUAGUACUAAAUAAUUUAUAAUCAAUUCACUUCUUUCUUUUGGAUAGAGUUUCUUCUUACAUAGCCUUGUUACUUCUUAAGUAAGAAGGAAAAUAAGGUUUAAAUUACUACAGCAAAAUCUACUCAUAAGAGUUUGAAAGUAAUGUUUGUUGCUCGUUAGAAAGUAAUGUGGGUCUCGUAGUAAUGUCUUUUACGCACAUCAGUGCUGUGUCAGUACAGUAACGUAUCAGUAAAAAUAAAAUACGUUGCUUUAGUAUCAAAUCAACAUAUGUAUUCAGACAACUCAGACACAGUGAAUUUUUUUGGCAUAAGUAAUGGGUACAGACUCCCCACUCCAGAGAAAAGGUAAUUCUGGGCUGAUUUUAAAGGUAUAUAAAAUUUCUUGUGCAAAUAAAUAACAUAGGAUGUAGAGGAGUGGAAAGGUGAAAAAUCUAAACUUUAAAAUAUCCAUAUUUCGUAAUGUACUAAAACGAUAAUUAACGAAAUUAGUGUUAUUCGACAGGUGAUUAAAAGGCAUGCGGCCGAACUCUAAUAAAACAAAAGUUUUUAAGAAAAAUAUGUAA